CCUGGCAGCAGCAAGGGCACCAGCGCCUUGUUUUAUUGCUUGGAGAGCAGGCAGGACAGGAGUCUGGCAAGGAGGUUGUUUUAGCAACAAGGCUACAGCCCUGGGGCUGUGGGGUGCCCUGCUCACAAGAGCACUUACUGGGAGCCACUGGCCUGCUGCUGGGGUGCAGCUUUCCUGCCACAGCAGUGUGGGUGCUGGCAUAAAAUACAGCCAAAACUAAUCUGAAAGAAAAAUAAUUACCUUUUAAAUCUGUUUUCAAUUGCAUUUAGCUGUUGCACAAAAACCAGCGUGAGCUGAUCAUGAUGGUGAUUGUUUUCUCCCUGCCGCGUUGCACAGUCCGUGGCCACGCUGCCAAGCUAGUGCCUGGAAGUGAUGUAAAACCACGAGCUCAGCGUGCAGCCCGGGUUGCCAGCGCUGCUUCCGCGCCACGUGCCUGGGCAGGCCGGCACUCUGGACAGUGGCCUCGCCACAUAUGCCCAUGCAGGAACCCGGCUUCCUUCCCACCUGGGGCCCUGAGCGGGACAGCCCAUGCAGGACCCUCCAGGCUAGCAAUGGGGCCUUAUGGAGUACCCCAUAGCUGGCAUUUUGGGGGUGUCCUGCCUGGCCCCUGAACCCUGUGGUGCAAGAGGACGGUCCCGGACAUGUGUGCCAUCCCGUGAGUGCCAGAAAGCAAAACACUGCCUUUUGCUUUAAGUUCCCCCAGCGGCCAUGGGGAGCUUUUUAUUUUUUCUCCCGCGCUAUGAAUGGGUUUUGCUGUAAAUUAUAGCUUUGCACACAUUCCCUCGGGCUGAGGAAAAUAACCUCUGCCGAAAAGCCAGCCUGGAUUGGUGACUGGCUCCCCCUCUCCGCUCCCUAAUUGAAACCAAAUGUGCAAGAUGUAGGAUUGUGGGAUUUCUGGCUGGCUCCCAGGAAUCCGCAGAAUGCAAGCGCGCUCCCAGAGGCAUCUUGCAUCAGCCCGGGGAAGUUUGCUCCUCGCCUGGCUCCCCCUGCCAGGGUGAGGGGCGAGGAGCCCGCCCGCCACCGCUCCGGACUGCCGACAUGCCGGUCUGCCCCAGACCAGCCCUGCUGCUGCUGUGUGUCCUGCAGGCCACGAGAGCCCAGGUCAACCCAGCUGUGUGCCGGUACCCCCUGGGAAUGUCAGGUGGGCACAUCCCCGAUGAGGACAUCUCAGCAUCCAGCCAGUGGUCUGAGUCCACAGCUGCCAAGUAUGGACGGCUGGACUCAGAGGAUGGUGAUGGAGCCUGGUGUCCCGAGGUCCCAGUGGAGCCCGAUGACCUAAAGGAGUUCCUGCAGAUAGACCUGCGUGCCCUGCACUUCAUCACGCUGGUGGGCACCCAGGGACGCCACGCCGGGGGCCAUGGCAAUGAGUUUGCUCCCAUGUAUAAGAUCAACUACAGCCGGGAUGGCACUCGCUGGAUCUCCUGGAGGAACCGGCAUGGGAAGCAGGUGCUGGAUGGAAACUCCAACCCCUAUGACAUCGUCCUCAAGGACUUGGAGCCACCCCUUAUCGCCCGGUUCAUCCGCUUCAUCCCCGUCACUGACCACUCCAUGAAUGUCUGCCUGCGUGUGGAGGUGUACGGCUGCGUCUGGCUGGACGGGUUGGUGUCCUACAAUGCACCAGCUGGGCAGCAGCUCAUCCUUCCUGGGGGCACUGUCAUCUACCUGAACGACUCGGUGUAUGAUGGGGCAUUCGGGUACAGCAUGACAGAGGGCCUAGGCCAGCUGACAGAUGGGGUGUCGGGGCUGGAUGACUUCACGCAGACCCACGAGUACCACGUCUGGCCGGGCUAUGACUACGUUGGUUGGCGCAAUGAGAGCACGGCUGGAGGCUAUGUGGAGAUCACCUUUGAGUUUGACCGCAUCAGGAACUUCACCGCAAUGAAGGUCCACUGCAACAACAUGUUUGCCAAAGGGGUGAAGAUCUUCAAGGAGGUGCAGUGUUACUUCCGCGCUGAUGCCAGUGAGUGGGAGCCCAGCGCCGUCUCCUCAGUGCUGGUGCUGGAUGACGUGAACCCCAGCGCCCGCUUUGUCACCGUGCCUCUGCUCCACCGCAUGGCCAGCGCCAUCAAGUGCCAGUACUACUUUGCUGACGCCUGGAUGAUGUUCAGCGAGAUCACCUUCCAGUCGGAUGCAGCCAUGUACAACAACUCAUUGGUCCCCCCUGAGGUGCCCAUGGUUCCCACCACUUAUGACCCCAUGCUCAAGAUGGACGACAGCAACACACGUAUCCUGAUCGGGUGCCUGGUGGCUAUCAUCUUCAUCCUGGUGGCCAUCAUUGUCAUCAUACUGUGGAGGCAGUUCUGGCAGAAGAUGCUGGAGAAGGCAUCACGAAGGAUGCUGGAUGACGAAAUGACCGUCAGCCUCUCCCUGCCCAGCGAAUCCAGCAUGUUCAACCACAACCGUUCCUCCUCCUCCAGCGAGCAGGAGUCCAGCUCCACCUAUGACCGCAUAUUCCCCCUGGGACCCGACUACCAGGAGCCCUCCCGCCUGAUCCGCAAGCUGCCUGAGUUCACAGCGGCGGAGGAGGACACGGGCUGCAGUGGCCCUGUGAAGCCAUCUCAAACCAGUGUCCCAGAGGGUGUCCCCCACUACGCCGAGGCCGACAUCGUGAACCUGCAGGGUGUGACAGGCGGCAACACCUACUCAGUGCCGGCCCUCACCAUGGACCUGCUCUCUGGUAAGGACGUGGCUGUUGAGGAGUUCCCCAGGAAGCUGCUGACCUUCAAGGAGAAGCUGGGGGAAGGCCAGUUUGGGGAGGUGCACCUCUGUGAAGUGGAGGGGAUGGACAAGUUCACGGGCAAGGACUUUGCCUUGGAGGGCUUGGAUGCGAGCUCCAACUGCCCUGUGCUAGUGGCUGUGAAGAUGCUGCGAGCAGAUGCCAACAAGAAUGCCAGGAAUGAUUUUCUGAAGGAAAUCAAGAUCAUGUCACGGCUGAAGGACCCCAACAUCAUCCGGCUGCUGGCAGUGUGCAUCACGGAUGACCCGCUCUGCAUGAUCACUGAGUACAUGGAGAAUGGAGACCUCAACCAGUUCCUGUCCCGACAGCAAGCAGACAGCCCCCCUGCCAGCCAAGUGCCAUCUGUCAGUGACCUGCGGUUCAUGGCCACCCAGAUAGCCUCAGGCAUGAGGUACCUCUCCUCCCUGAACUUCGUGCACCGAGACUUGGCCACUCGCAACUGCCUGGUAGGGAAGCGGUACACCAUCAAGAUAGCUGACUUUGGCAUGAGCAGGAAUCUCUACAGUGGGGACUACUACCGCAUCCAGGGGCGGGCAGUGCUCCCUAUCCGGUGGAUGUCCUGGGAGAGCAUCCUGCUGGGCAAGUUCACGACGGCCAGUGAUGUGUGGGCAUUCGGUGUGACGCUGUGGGAGACCUUCACACUCUGCCGGGAGCAGCCCUACUCCCAGUUCUCCGAUGAGCAGGUCAUUGAGAACACCGGCGAGUUCUUCCGGGACCAGGGCAAGCAGACCUACCUUCCCCAGCCUGCACUUUGCCCUGACUCAGUUUAUAAGCUAAUGCUGAGCUGCUGGAGACGGGACACUAAAGACCGUCCCUCCUUCCAGGACAUCCAUCGCCUCCUCCAAGAGUCAGCCAGUGAAGAAUGACCCUUUGCUCCCCACCAGCCCGGUCCCCAUCCCUCCCCAUCCCCAGAGGAGCCCCAUAUGCAAACUGAAGCCACUUCACUUGGACUUAGCAAUAAAACCCGGGCAGCUGGUCUUGUUCUCAUUGUA